AUGAUUCUAUUUCCACCCCUAUCUAAUGGCAAGCUAUCAUCAGUUUCAAAACUAGAUGGCUCUCUAUAUGUUCAUAUACCAAUAAAAUCAAAUAAUAAUAAUCAAAAUAAUCAAAACAGCCAAAAUCAAAAUCAAAACCAAAAUCAUAAUCAUAACAAUAAUAAUAAUUUAAAUGAUAAAAGUUAUUCGAAAAUUCAAAAUCAGCUAUCUAUAGAAGAAGAUGAGCUAUGGAUAAAGAGUCAAGAAGAAAAGUCAAAUCAAAUAUCAAUGCAUUUAAUGUCAUUUGAUCCCAAAAAGAAAUACAUUGGAAUUUAUGAUCCUAACGAAUAUAUAGCGUCAAAUAAAAAUUCAAAUAAUUCGAAAGCAAAUCUUAAAAGUUCGUCCGGAAUUAAUAACAAUAUUGCAAAUAAAAAAAAUGAAGUGUUUCAAAGAAAAAGACCGUUCAAUAAUAAUCAAAGUGGAAAUACCAGUGUUAAUAUGACCGAUAACAAUGACUUUUAUAUACAACCCUCACCAGUUCCAAAUAAUAACAUUAACAAUAACAAUAAUAGUAAUAACCUAAAUAAUAGAAUUCUACCAAAUAAUUCAAAUAAUCAAAGAAGUUUUCUUGGCGAUGACGAUGACGAUGACGACGAUGAGGGCAAUGAGGAUGACUUCGACGAUUAUAAUUUAAAUAAUGGUGACUAUGAUGACUACGAUGACUUUGACAAUCACUUAAUAUCACCAAACCAUAGCAUAAGCCAGUAUGAUGAAGAUAUUAAAAGAAAUUUAUUCUCUAGUGGCAAUAUGGAUAUUAUUAACGAAAGCAGUAGCAUUGAUGAAAAAUCAAUUCACUUUACAAAAGAAGAAAGAGAAGAGCAGUUUAGAAUCCAACAGCAUAUUCUAUUUGAAAAAGAUCAACUAAAUCAACAAAAACUUUAUAAUGAUGGUGAUUAUGAGGAGAAUGACAGCGGAAUAGAAUACCAGGAUAUGGAUGAAUCAUCCUCUUUUAUAAACAACUCUUGUAAUAUUAGUAAUAAUAGUAGUAUUGAAAAUAAUCAACUUCAGUUUAAUUUCAAUAAUAAUAACAAUAACAUAGAUAACAACCAUGAUAACCAUAACGCAAACAACAACCUCAAUAACUACGUCAACAACUCAAACAACACUGAUAUAUCAGAUGACAGCUUUGAUAAAUAUUAUAAACAAAUUGAAGAAAGAAAAAAACAACUACAACCAACAAAACAAGAAAGAAUAUCCCUCAAUAAUAGUUCUCUUGGUUUAAGCAGCCAUGGUAAAAUUAAUUUUGAUGUUAGCGAAGAACUUUCAGAUAUCAAUAGUAAUAACCAAUCAACAAGCCAUCACUCAUCAAUUAACAACUCUGUUGAAAUGGAUGAUAAUGAUAUGGAUACCUCAUCAAUGGACCAAAGUUUAAAUAACAGUAUUAAUAAAAACAAUAAUAACAAUAAUAACAAUAAUAGCUUUAGAUUAUCACAAACCCCAUUAUCCUCAAGGAAAUUCAAUCAAAUUUUUAAAACUCCAAACUCAAUGAUUUAUAAUGAUAAUAGUCUAAACAACAAUAACAGCUAUGAUUUUGAAUAUUUAGAAAAUCACCAUCAACCAACAAAAAGACAACCAAACUCCAUUCAAAGAAAUAGAUUAAACUUUGGCAGUAAUGAUGAUAGUUUUGAUCAGCAAUAUAAUAAACUACAUCAACAACAGCAGCAACAACUGGAUGAUAGUAAUGUUGAAUGUAAUGAUCAAUCAAUGGACAUAUCAGUUUCAAUGGAUUAA